GAGGGAGCGGGGUCGCCGCCGCCUGCCCGCCCGCGUGCCCGGGGCUGCGGUGGCCAGGAUGUCGGGCUUCCUGGAGGAGCUGCUCGGCGAGAAGCUGGUAACUGGCGGCGGCGAGGAGGUGGACGUGCAUUCGCUGGGCGCCCGCGGCAUCUCGCUGCUCGGGCUCUACUUCGGCUGCAGCCUGAGCGCCCCCUGCGCGCAGCUCAGCGGCAGCCUGGCCGCCUUCUACGGCCGCCUGCGGGGGGACGCGGCCGCCGGGCCGGGGGCCGGGGCCGGGCCGGGGCCGGGGGCCGGGGCGGCCGCGGAGCCCGAGCCGCGGCGCCGCCUGGAGAUUGUCUUCGUGUCCUCGGACCAGGACCAGCGGCAGUGGCAGGACUUCGUGCGGGACAUGCCGUGGCUGGCGCUGCCCUACAAGGAGAAGCACAGGAAGCUGAAACUUUGGAACAAAUACCGCAUUUCCAACAUUCCAUCACUAAUAUUCCUAGACGCCACCACCGGGAAGGUCGUGUGCAGGAAUGGGCUGCUGGUGAUCCGCGAUGACCCAGAAGGUUUGGAAUUCCCUUGGGGACCUAAACCCUUCAGGGAAGUCAUUGCAGGGCCCUUGCUGAGAAAUAAUGGACAGUCCCUGGAGAGCAGCAGCUUGGAGGGGUCUCACGUGGGAGUCUAUUUCUCCGCACACUGGUGCCCACCCUGCCGAAGCCUCACCCGGGUCCUGGUGGAAUCCUACCGGAAGAUCAAGGAGGCAGGCCAGAAAUUUGAGAUCAUCUUCGUUAGUGCGGACAGGUCCGAGGACUCAUUCAAACAGUACUUCAGUGAGAUGCCCUGGCUUGCUGUCCCCUAUACCGAUGAGGCCCGGCGGUCACGCCUCAACCGGCUGUACGGAAUCCAAGGCAUCCCCACCCUCAUCGUGCUGGACCCCCAGGGGGAGGUGAUCACGCGGCAGGGGCGCGUGGAGGUGCUGAACGAUGAGGACUGCAGGGAGUUCCCGUGGCACCCCAAGCCCGUGCUGGAGCUCUCCGACUCCAACGCCGUGCAGCUCAACGAGGGCCCCUGCCUCGUCCUGUUUGUAGAUUCUGAGGAUGAUGGGGAGUCUGAGGCAGCCAAGCAGCUGAUCCAGCCAAUAGCCGAGAAGAUCAUUGACAAGUACAAAGCCAAAGAGGAGGAGGCGCCACUUCUGUUCUUUGUGGCAGGGGAGGAUGACAUGACUGACUCCCUGCGCGAUUACACCAACCUGCCCGAGGCUGCCCCUUUGCUCACCAUUCUGGACAUGUCGGCCCGGGCCAAGUACGUGAUGGACGUGGAGGAGAUCACCCCCGCCAUUGUGGAGGCCUUUGUGAAUGACUUCCUAGCAGAAAAGCUCAAACCAGAGCCCAUCUAGGGGGGGCUCCAGCCUCAGGAGACGUUAUUUAAAAACUCGGUCUUCUCCUCUUCCUCCUCCCCUUCCUUCCCUCCACCCUUGGACUUUUCCAGCGUGUCCCGAAUCACACAACCCAAGUGUCCAACCUCUCUGUGGUGCCUUGUUUUCUGCAUUAACUCCUCAGCCAGCACCCUAAGGUGCACAGCCUCUCCGCAGCACAAGAACCCACCGUGUCUGGAGGCUCUGCUUGGGACCCACGGGGCUGGCAGAACCCGGCCAGAACCAGGACUGCAGCGCGCUCUCGGUCACUGGCUCUCGGUGCAGUACGUACCCGCCGGUCCCGUGCCGAGCGAGCGUGAAGGGACAGCGCCCUGGCGCUCUGGCCCCGCCCCCGGCGUCCGCAGGGCACGCAGGGCCCGGGCCGGCGCAGUGACGCACGUCCGUACGUGCGGGUGGAGCAGGGAAAGGGCCUCGGGCUCGCGAGGCCUCGGCUUGGAGUUGCUGGCGGGAACGGCCGUUCUUCUAAGUGAGUCCGUCUCUCCUGGUGUGAGGGAA